GGCCGUGCACAGAGCGGCGAGCGAGCCUGUGGAUCCGGAGCGGCUCAGUUUUAUGUAAAGCAGGCGGUAUGUGAGGUCGGAAAACAACGGGACCGUAAGUCGUUUUGAACUUUUAUUUUUGCGCACGUUGUAUUAAAGUAGCGACGCGACAGCAGCAUAUUCAGUGGAAGACUUUUGUUUGGGAUUAAAGAGGAGUUUGGGGCGCUCCGGAGUGAGAGUGGACUGCUGGGAGUCAUUUACAAAGACCACCAAGAAGUCAUGACACCGCGUACGAUUCACUCGGAUUUAUUUCGAUGAAAACCGGAGGAAAAACUCAGUUUGGGCCAACACGACACUAAUAAGUCUGACUACACGCGCAUUGGAGCAGGUAUAUUGAGUUUUCUUUGCCUUUUAAAGGAGUUUCUUUCGUCCUACUUGGAUCAAAGUUUUCCUUCCCUCCCCCCUCCUCUUCAACUAUGGCGGCGGCCGCAGUCAGGUCCACCGCUGGCUACGUGCUCCUCCUGUUGCUCCUCAGUGGGCUCUCCACCUCCUCCUCCUCGGCUCAGCAGCACCACGGUGAGACGGGAAUAUCAAUCCCAGAGCACGGGUUUUGUCAGCCUAUCUCCAUCCCGCUGUGCACGGACAUCGCCUACAACCAGACCAUCAUGCCGAACCUCCUGGGCCACACCAACCAGGAGGACGCCGGGCUGGAGGUGCACCAGUUCUACCCACUGGUUAAAGUGCAGUGCUCGGCAGACCUGAAGUUUUUCCUCUGCUCCAUGUAUGCGCCGGUCUGCACCGUGCUGGAACAGGCGAUCCCCCCGUGCAGGUCCCUGUGUGAGCGGGCCAGGCAGGGCUGCGAAGCCCUGAUGAAUAAGUUUGGGUUCCAGUGGCCGGAGCGGCUUCGUUGUGAAGGUUUCCCUGUCCACGGUGCAGGUGAGAUCUGUGUGGGCCAGAAUGCUUCAGAACCCGCAGGGCCUGCCUCCUCAUCGUCGUCCUUUUCACCCGAUCCAGUGACCCUUUCGCCACCAAACUUUGGUCAAGCCAAUCCAAACUCCCACAGUUAUAACCAGUUCUCCUGUCCUUUGCAGCUGGAUGUGCCUUCUUACCUCGGGUACCGCUUUAUGGGGGCCAAAGACUGUGGGGCACCCUGUGAGCCCACCAAACCUAGUGGACUCAUGUACUUCCGAGAGGAUGAGAUGAAAUUUGGCCGGUUGUGGGUUGGGAUUUGGUCCAUGCUGUGCUGCGUGAGCACUUUAUUCACGGUGCUCACCUACUUGGUGGACAUGAGCAGGUUCAGAUACCCCGAGCGACCCAUCAUUUUCUUGUCUGGCUGUUAUUUUAUGGUGGCGGUGGCUUAUGCUGCAGGAUUCUUCCUGGAGGACAAAGUUGUUUGUGUCGACCGGUUCAAAGAGGAUGGGUACCGGACUGUGGUUCAGGGAACUAAAAAGGAGGGCUGCACCAUCCUCUUCAUGGUAUUGUACUUUUUUGGCAUGGCCAGCUCCAUCUGGUGGGUGAUUCUGUCCCUAACUUGGUUCCUCUCAGCUGGGAUGAAAUGGGGCCAUGAAGCCAUUGAAGCCAACUCUCAGUACUUCCACCUGGCGGCGUGGGCUGUUCCAGCUGUGAAAACGAUCACCAUCCUCGCCAUGGGCCAGGUGGACGGUGACGUCCUCACUGGGGUCUGUUUUGUGGGGAUCUUCAACGUGGAUGCUCUCCGCGGGUUCGUCCUGGCACCUCUGUUUGUCUACCUGUUCAUUGGCACAUCUUUCCUCCUGGCCGGCUUUGUUUCUCUCUUCCGGAUCCGUACCAUCAUGAAGCAUGACGGAACCAAAACUGAGAAGCUGGAGAAGCUGAUGGUUCGGAUUGGCGUAUUCAGUGUGCUGUACACAGUCCCGGCCACCAUCGUUAUCGCCUGUUAUUUCUACGAGCAGGCUUUUCGGGAGCACUGGGAGCGCACCUGGCAUAUGCAGACGUGCAAACGCUUCGCCGUGCCCUGUCCAGCCCACAAUUUCGCACCAAUGAGCCCCGACUUCACGGUAUUCAUGAUCAAGUACCUGAUGACCAUGAUAGUUGGGAUCACCUCUGGCUUCUGGGUCUGGUCUGGAAAGACCCUCCAGUCCUGGCGGAGAUUUUACAAACGACUCAGCAGUGGUAAUCAUGGAGAGACCGCUGUGUGAGGUCAGAGGAAAACGGAGCAGUCGGAUCAUGGAGAUCCGGAUAUGUUAACCAGUGAACUGUGGUCGAAUAGCUUUACUAUUAUUACUGCUUUGGACUUUUGUUUUCUUCCUUUUUUGUUAUGUCUUGUAUUUUUGCUUUUCUUCUUCUUUUGACAACACAUGUGGAUGAGCUUCAAGCUCACUUUGCAGCCAAAAGUUAAAGUGAUGCAGCUGUUUUGUUGUCAUCCAGACAGCCUGCAGUCGACCUCCAGGGAAACCAGUUGGAAACGAGUCAACACUUGGCUUUUACAUUUUUUGGACUCUGAACUGGUACUGGUGGUCCCUGUGUUUGGAAUCUUUUAAAGUGUAAACUUGUAAUUUGAAUGUAAUUUUUAUCUGUUCUGGGGGGGGGGGGGGGUAGAGUUGUGGAUUUUUUGGGAGGUGGGUGGGGGUAAAACUACAAUACAAAAUAGGGGUGAGAGGUCCAGCAGCAUGGCCUUCUGGGACAUGGAGUCCAUGCAGCACCAUGAAGGCUGUGGAAUUUGUCUUUGUACAGCCUCAGACUGUAAACCUGAUAUGAAACUCCUCAAGUGUGUGUGUGUGUGUGUGUGUGUUGGACAAACUGCAGUCUGUCCUGUUUCAAUGAAUCAUGCAAUCAUAGAUCUUAAAAAAGGAGCACAAAGAGGUUCUUUGCUCUUUAUCCAGUUAUUUUCAAAAUUAUCAGUGUUGGAAUGGACUGAGUUACCAAAACUCAGUUGCACACCCGCGCACACACACACGUCACUACACAAAUGUCUGCAUUGGAAACACAACAGCCCCUUGUUGGUUUGUUUGUGUGUGUGUGUGUGUGUGGGUCCCCAUUUCAAAAGAUUUUCAAGAGACCCAGAAAGUUCUGUGAUUAAAUUUAAUGUAUAAUCUCUGGAAGUGAAAGCAGUUGGUCAUCCUUUUGCCAACAUAAAGUUUUUUUUAAGUUUUUUUAAGUUUUUUUUUUUAAUCUUAAGUGUAUUUUAAAAUGGAACAUUUUAGUGUCUUGGCUAUAUUUACAGCAUCGAGAUGCACCUUGAUGGCAUGAGAGGCCUUAAACUGAGUUAAAGUGAGUUUAUGAGAAGUCACAGGCCGUUCAAUAUUAAAGCCAUAAGUCACGGUUUUCAUGUAUGGAUAAAAAUAUUUUUUCUGAGGGGCAGAUAUUUUUUUAAAUGUGUUUUCGUACCGAUUGUCUCCAUUUUUGUUGCUUAAUUUUUCUAAAUGAUGCACGGUGCUUGUGAUCUUGAGGCUGUUGGAACAAACAUUUUAUGAGACUGGAGGUUGUCAGAACUGAAACUAAUCAAUUGUUCAAUCAGAAGAAAUUAAUCCCUUGCUACUUUUAUAAUCGUUUCAGUGACUUGGCAUGAAAAACCUGCCAAACAUUGCGUGGUUCCAGCUUCUGAAAUAUAAGAUUUUUUUUUAAACUCCUAUACAAUAAUGUGCAGACAUUUUGGUGAUUGUAGAAUUCCGGUUGAAUGGUGAUGAUCACUUCAAAAUGAAAUAAUUCUUACAAAUUGCAAAGAAAAGAAGUGAUAGAUGGUAAUACAUUUGACUAAUUUCUAUUUAAUAAUUGCUUGAAUAGCUUCGAUUUUGUUUGAUUUGUUAAUCUUUUUUCUUCAGGGGAAGGGGGCGGGCUAAGACAUUUCAAAAUGUCAUCCUGAGUUCUAGGAAAUUGUACUCUAGUGUACUGUAGAUUGGAAAAAAGUAAUAGCCAUAUUAACAAUGGCGUUGUAUGCAGGUGUGAAGAAUUGGCAACAUUUAAAAAUAAAAUCCUCUAGUUCUUAUCAUUCAACAAAUAGAAUACAAAACAUAUCUAUUGUAAUCAUAAUAUGGCUUUACAUCCUUUAAUCAAAAACAUGUUUUAAGUUUAAUUUUAAGUGAGCAGAAUUAUAAUAAACCCUUUUACAGUAGUUGUUUUUAUUGGCAACAGUGUUGCCAGCGUAAAGUUGCAGCCACCUGAAGAGAAAAUCUGAGCUUUUUAUUUCUCUGAAUCCCUAAAGUCAGUUGCUUUCACUGAGGAGAGCUCUUGGAAAGGACAUGUUCCCGUUAUUUAGUGUCAAAUAUUAUUACAACUUCCUCAACAGGCUUCAUGUGUAAACGGUGAAUGAAAGAAGCUUCUGAGUAAUUACAAUCAUCUUAAAGAUUGAGGAAUUCUCCAGUGCAUGUAAUACAUAUUUUACACCUCGUGUUAAUUUCCCUGUCUGAUUAUAUGCUAAAAAUGUACAUUUUUGUUUUUGGUUGCUUUUGGAGUUGGAGCAGCAUCACUGAGGCCCACAGUUUCUCUUCAUUUUUUCCGUUGUGCUCCUUGUUAGAGAAAUGGAUGGAAUUUAGCUUGCUGACUGACAUCGCUUUUCCAGCGGGAUCGCACUGCAUUCUCCCAAAAAAACAAAACAAAAAAACACCCAGUGUGCAGUGUGAAGCUUGGUCAGAGCCCAACCCCACCGUCAUAUAGAGUUUCACCGAACAAGGCAAAACUUUUUUUAAUGUCAUUUUCAGCCACCUGAGGACCGUUUAUGUCAAUGAAACCAGACUGACCUGUUUGUGUUGUAUCACUGUGUCUAUGAAGGAAUACGAGCAUGUCUGUGUGUAGGUAUAGCAACAUAUGCAAACAACCUGCUGCAUGCAGACUGUUUUUAUUAAUGCAUAUUUUGUAUUUAUGCAGCAGCACAUUUUUAUCUUUUUAAAAAAACAAUCUUUUUUGUUCAAUGUGAUGUCUGUUGCAUCUGUACAGUUUGAAUAAAUGCAGUUAAGUUUGUAA